AUGUCCAACAACCAGAGAUCCGAAGCCCCGACCGGCAAGCAGCAGAAGCAGCAUCACCGAGGCCGCCCGGCCAGCCGCCCAGGGCGCCCGCGCUUCCGCGUCGUCCGCGGCACGACCUACUCGGCGCACGAGCAGGCGGUCCUCGACGCCGGCUACCCCUGGGUGCGCACCAACGCCCUCGUCCCGACGUGGUCGUCGCCCGACAAGGACCCGCGCGGCGUUGCCGUCGCGGACCGGCUCAACUGGCACGGCCACCACGGCGUCAACACGCACCUCAUCGUCGAGGGCGACCUCACCCUCAUGAAGCUCAAGAAGAUGUUCAACCAGAACCACGUCUCGGCCGUCACGGUGUCCAGCGAGCCGGGGGCCCUGAAGGAGCUGUCGGUCGCGCCCGGUGAGAUGUAUGCGGGCACGUCGCAGCAGGCCUGUCGGUUUGUUGAGGGGCAUCGCUGUCUUAGUCCGGCGAGCGCACAUCGGUACAUGACCCGAGGAACCCUGGAGUGGGUCGACAAGACCGGCAAGGCGGCCCGCAGGGCGGACAGGGAGUACGUGCUCCGCCAGCUCGCGGGCGCCGUGUUCGAGACCAAGUUCGACUUCGCCGUCAUGCGGAGGGUGGCGACCUGCACGUUCGAGGACGACAACCAGGUCACCCGGGGCAUGAGCCAGUGGUUCUCGCGCGAGUGGAACGACCCGGCCGUGCAGGCCGCCAAGGGCGAUCUCCGGGCUGCGAUCCACCCGCUGGACGCCGACGACCAGGAGGAGAAGAGGAAGAAGGGCAACGGCAGGGCUGCUGGUGGUUUCGACGGUGACGUGGAUAUGGACACGGACGAUGCCGAUGAUGAGGACAUUAGCGCGCGCUUGAUCAAGGCUUUCAGCGAGUGGCUGCCGGGACAUGUGGAUGAGAUUUGA